AUGUCAACUUGAAUUCAAGAAAAUAAUCUAUAUGAUGCAAUACGUCAACUCAAAUACUUUUCAAAAUUAAUGUUUUCAAAAUAUUAUGUAAAAAUUGAUAAAAAAAGGCCAAAAAUUCAGUUAUAAUAUGGUUUUGAAAAAAAAACGUUGUAAAUGUCCACCUAAAUUGCAGCAAGUUUGUAAGGCGAAGGUAACUGAUUGCAAAAAUGUCGCGGAAAUUAUCGAAGCUCUCACCUACAAAGCAGAAUGUUCGAAAAAAAAUCGUACUCCAAAACCACCGGUGUUCAAAACGAAGCCUUUUAUACCAAAGCACUAUAAGGAUACAUGUGUGCCGAUGAAGCCAUCAAUGCAUACUCGAUUAAAAUACAUUGGACAUUGUCCUGUUGAACCGCCAGGAAAAUCUACCGUUUCUACAUAUAGACGUAAGUAUGACUUCGAAUCAAGCUCAGAAGAACUUAUCCCUGGCCAACUAACGGGAAAGAAAAAAGUGACGUACAAAGAUCUCAUUCCUGGCGACAUCGCUCUGGCAACACCGCCGCCCGUUAUAAUGCAUACUGCUUCCGAUAAAUCCAUAUUAAAUGUAGCAAGUCCUAAAACGAGUGGUGAAGUGAUUCAAGCUCAGAGGGCGGUCGUAAAGUCGGCCAACUACAAACCUCCCUUGCCGCCGAAGUCUGGCUAUGAGCUGUACAAACCUCACAGCGGAAUUAUAAUAAACAGGGACAAGAGUUUCGUUCCUGAAGUGGUGUUUGCUCCAGGACCUAGGAAUUGUGUCAGUGACAAACCCAAGAAAAAACCAUGCCACAAGGGCGGGGUCUGCCUAAGGAAAUCGUGCCCAAGAAAGAAGUGCCGUAAAUAUGCUGAAAUGAGAAGAAGGCAGUUAUUAGAAAGGAAGAAGAAAGGGGGUCGGUCUGGUGUCCACUACACUACUUUGGGUGUCACAGAUGGAAAGCCCAGGGCUAGAGGCACACAAAAACAUUUGAAAGAUGAUGACUCGGUUUGUGGCUUGGAUGAAAUUCCGAAACCGGAACAUGUGCACAUCCCAGCCAAUCUCAAGAAGGGAAUGCUGGAAACUCAUUCUUUAACAGUGUUACCUUGUACCAAAGAGAAAAGACCGAAUGUACAUUACGGUAUAUUGACAGGGUCGUUCAAUAUGUAUGACCAGAAGUUUGGUGGUAGAUCAAGAGGAAGACAGGCAUUGACAAUGAGUGUGAUGGCCUAUUGUCUUGCGUUUCAUUACCACCCGAAGCAGUGGACUAUGAAGCUCGUGGACAAUCUCGUGGAUGCCGGAGAUCAAUGGUAUAUUCAAUGCUUAGAAAAGGUCCACGAUCAUUCAGCCGUGCAAGGAAUCUGUGAAGUACUUCCUUUUGGCAAGAAGCAGACGUUGAUUCUAAACGGAAAACGCAUGCAAAUAUUGUUGGGAGAACCAGAGAUCGUUGGCUACACAAUGUCCCUUGAUCCGACUGUAUAUAACUUAUGUCGUGGUCUAAAAGCUUUCUUUAGAGAUAACAGAGCGGGGAUUAUGCUAACCAGAGUGAUGAAAGUGGUGAUAUGGAAAGACAAAAUUUGCUAUUACAUAUUCGAUCCAGCAGGAAGAGAUUCGAAAGCAUAUUCAAACUUUACAAGUGGUUGUGCGGCUCUGAUCAACGUCAAAGAUAUUAGGUCCGUUGCGGAAGUUCUUUUAGCGCGGAGUGUUGUUGAAGACCACAAAUUUGUCUUAGCAUCUAUUAAAGUACUAAAAAUGGUUAGCGAAACGUGCGACGAAGAUUUUGAAUCCGAUAAGGAACUGACACAAGCUGAAAAAGCUAUGAUGGGGUACAGAAUAUUAAAUGAAAACUGUGCUAUUGUUAAUGCAAAUAUGCAUCUAGGUGACAGAUGUUUCGAAGACGCAAAGUAUAGGCAGGCUUUGACUAUAGCAGUUGCAGCAAUGACUUACGCUAAAAUAUCUCCUCCCAAUACAUGGUUUUCUAAAACUCUCGAUAAAGUGUUACGGUUUGGAAAUAAAUUAUAUGUUGACUGUGUUCAUCCAAAAGUAUUGAUUGAUCUGACCAUUGAUAAUAUACCAAACGAAAUCAUAAUUGGUCCUUAUGCCUGCGAAAUAAUUAUCUACAGGGAGAGAGUAAAAGGGCAGCUAUUUACAACCAAGGAGUGUCUAUUUAAUAUACGAAGUGGUCUGCAAGAUUUCUUCACACACGAAUAUAGUGGUGGUAUCCUAGAAUUUAAUAACUACGCUCUAGCUGUGUGGAGACAGAAAGAUAUGUAUUACUUGUUCGAUCCAUAUCCGAGAACAACGGAUGGUUUAAGAUGCUUGAAGGUAGGGAGAGCCUGUUGUUGGAUGCUGCUCGAUCCGGAUGCAAUGGCUGCUGUGUUUACGAAGAAUUGGGAUUACUUGCCGACCACUACACAAUUUUACAUUCACGCCUUCAAAGUUUUGAAACUCAAGAAGAAGGAACCUAAGGCUCAAAUAGUUUGCACGUUGAGCGAUGAACAACUGCCCGGCGCAAAAUGGAAAUUAAAGAGGAAAGUCUUACAUAUGAGUAAAGCACAUGGAGAUGGAAAGGAAUUAUUUCAUGACGUGAUGCCGAGAGAUGAUAUUGAUGAACAACGAGUUGGGCCCCAAGUUGACGAGGAACACAUGGGCGAAAUAAUAUCGCUAGUGGACAGCAUACAAGAGGAUUACUUGCCGCCAAUACCGCUCCGAUACAAGAAUGCUGGUCCGACGCCUCUAGAAGAAAGAAUCGUGAACUUGGAUUCUCCGACGGUGUCGGUGACACAGGUAGUUCCACCAUGGCCUAAGCCCCGCGACAAGAGCAACGAAAUACCGGAGCCUGACCCGGACAGAGAGCCAACGCCUCCGCCCACCCCUCCGCCAUUACCACCACCUGAAGGAGGCGAGGAAGAAGAAGAAGAGGCGGAAGAAGAGGAAGACGAAGAAACAGCAAAGAAGAGGAAGGAAGAAGAAGAAAGAAAAAAGGCAGAAGAGGAAGAAGCUCGCAGAAAGGCUGAGGAACUUCCGCCUCCAAUGCCACCACCCCCACCGUCUCCACAGCCCGAACCGGAAGUUCCUUUGGCACCCGCUGAAGUGAUGGAAGAUGAAGUACAAACAUUAGAACCUGUGAAUGUAGAUCGUCGUAUUUUACUCACCGAAGACGCUCGGUACAGAUCCAAAUUGAGACAACUUCGCAAAAAGAUGACCCAGCCUCUCACCGAAGACCAACUCGCCAUCAGCCCAGAGGAAGAGCUGGCGAAGCCGAGCAAUUUCAAGAACCUACCAGACAACACCCAGAUAAUUCGGGGAACUAAUGCAAUUAACAAUGAAAAAGCAAUAGAUGUGCUGCCAUUUGCAGCGAUUAUGGCAAUAGUAACUUCAUAUAAGUAUUCAGUGAAUACGUGGACUGCUGGGAUUGUUAAUUUUGUGGUGGACACUGCGAAGAAAUUGUAUGACAACAAGCGAGACAAAUUUCAGCAUUCCCCAAUGCAUAUUAUACCCAAAAUUGCGAUUGGACAUCAGGCAUAUAAAGUUACUAUAGACGUCGCAGGAGAAGGACCAACAUGGCAAAUGGAGGACGUAUUGGCCCGCAAAUUCUUAAACAAAUAUGACAGGGGCAUGAUUACUACCUCCACGUACUCUUGUGCGUUUUUCAUGAGAAAUAACCUUUACUAUUUGUUUGAUGCAAGCUCUUGUAAUGCAAUGGGUUUGAGAGAAGCGACUGGUAAAGGAAAAUCGUGCUUUCUGAGGUUCACUAAUCUUCACGAUCUAGUGGCAAGAGUUAACUACAACAGAGAUGGCAAUUCAGAGGAUCAACAAUUUAUUUUAAGCAGAAUUAUUGUACGAAGACUUUUAGUCGAUCCUCGCAUGAAAUUACCUGAGGACUAUGAUUUUGAGACAGGAAUGCCUAAAUCAAAGAAGUCCAAGGUUACACUGGCCGAUACUGGAAAGACAAGCCAAGCGGACAAGCUAAAACCAAAUAAAAAAAGUGCUACAAUCAUUGAAGCUACGGAACCUAAAAGUCAAAUGAUACUUGGCUAUCAAAUGAUCAACGGAGUCUAUAGGAUUGAAGGUACUACGUCACUUAGUGGUAAAUCUGAUUCAAGCGAUGUCAAAUCGUGUCAUUUUGUCUGCUUAAUAGCUAUGUUAAUGGCUACAAUGCACCCAAUCAGAACCUGGGACCAUUUAAUGAUAGAUACGUGCAUUGAAAAAGGCUUAGAAAUUUAUGAGAAGGCAACGAAUCGAAGCGUUUGUGAAAAGAGAGUUAUUAAGAAUAUAAUACUCGAUGGAAAGUUUGUAAAUGUCAAUAUAAAGAAAAUUUUGGUUGUUAACGAAAAUCCAGAAAAGACACUCGAACAGUAUUUGAAAGCUGUGAUGAAAAGACUGCGAUAUGUCAUCGUUAGGUUCCCGUCGUGUAGUUUGGUGAUAUGUCAAACGGAGGGCUAUUACCAUUUGUUUGAUCCAUACCCACCGCCAUCGGAACCAGCUAAACCUACGGAGACUCCUCCAAGAACUGCUGGCUCAGUCGCGUCUUGGACAUUAUAUCGUGAUAUGGGCGCCCUAAUAAGACGAAUUAAAACACUCACGAGUAAACCUGAUUCACCGGAAUUCUUCACAUUUGAACUAACCUCAGUGAAGGAUGCGCCUAAGCGCUCCGCGCUCAAUUAUCGACUCAGUCCUCUGUUUAAGCCAGAUGAAAAUCCGAACGUGCCAUAUCUGAGGCGAAAGCGAAUUCUUCCAAAUGUCGACGAAAAGAUGUACUGGUUGAACAUUGAUUGUAUACCGUGGUCUCGUAUGAGUCCCGUUAAUGACUUAGGCUUUGAAAGAAAAACACCCAAAGCGAUGUGGAAAGAUUGGGAUAUUGAAUUUCCUGGCGACCUAUACUCACUAUGGGGAUCAGUUCAUCCGAUGGAUAGUAAGUUUGAAGAGAUACAUCGUGGCAAGCAGUACUUAGCGACGUGCGUGGUAGCAUUAGUGAUGGCUAAAAGUUGUGCUUUAAGUGCUUGGACAGGCAACUUUUUGAAUGGUAUUGUAGAGAACGGAAACGGGUACCACAAAAAAUGUCACGCUAAAAUAGGCGGACAAGCUAAUUAUGAGAUUAAAAUCGACGACUUAGACACUAAAUAUGACGAGAUGUAUCCUUAUUCGUUCAGUGUUAAAUUUGAAAAGAUUAUAUUUGGCUUCGUUUAUAAUAUAUACCCUGAUCGGUUUAAUUUGAGCAAAGCAUUGGCGUACUUCUUUGAGAAAAACGAAUUGGGGGUGUUGGUAAGCCCUGCGAAAAACUUGGCAUUCGGAAAAUCUUCUGGUAAUUCGUAUUUCAUGUUUGAUUGUCAAAGUUAUGGAGCUCCGAUAUUCUGUCCUGGACGUGGGGCUGCAUAUAUACUUAAAUGUGAGAGUCUUAAUCGACUAAUCUAUUGUAUAACAUUAACUUUAAACAUUCGGCGACACGGGCAACAAUUCCACUUGUACAGUGCUAAUGUAACAUUGACUGAAAAAUCUAAAUAAAGUGUAAUUAAAUUA